AUGCCAACCAAGUCAUUAUUUCCUAUCCACAUUAUUGAUCCAAUAUAUAAAGAUAUAAAUGAAUAUGCAAAAGAUUAUGAUUAUGAUCUACGUGGUGUACCAAUAUCAAAAUGGAAAUUGAUCAUAAAUUAUCCAUUAAUUUAUUUAAAAUAUUAUUUAGAAAAUUACUCGUUUCUGUCAUAUUUACUACCGGUGAUAAUACUUUUGAUAUUUUAUAUUUUAAUGAAUCUUGUUGAAAGUAUCAACUGUUUAUAUUAUAAAAUGAAAAUUGCAAGAGAAUGGAAAAAAUUUACAGAUAAACAUUAUCGUCCAGUAUCAACUGAAAACAAACCGGAAGAAAUCAAUCUUAAACGAUCAAAACAAUCCCACGAACAAAGUAAAGAAGAUACUUCAAACGUUACAGAAGGACAACAGAAAGAAGAUUUAAUAGACCCUGUCCUUACCUGCCUACCCUAUCAUAUGAGAAAGUUACUAGCAAUUACAACUGUAAACGAUAAAGUAUCGAAUGAAACUAAUACAGAAUCAAUUGAUGAAAAAAUCCAGCUUCAGGAAAUUGAAAGCCAAGGUUGGAUAAACGAAUACAUAUCUAGAGUUCGUGUUGCAAUGAAACAAGCUGCAAAGUAUCAAAAAAUAAAAUCUUAUCCUUGCGAAGAAUGGAAUUCUCUUGUGUGCUACAAUGAAGAUGGUAACGACCAAAAUGAAGGUCAGGAGAAUCCUGACAGUAUAAAAGAGGUUGGUUCGUCCAAAAUGAAAACACAACUAGUAGAUAAUGACCACAAGGAUGACAAAAAUAAUGAGAAGCAAAAUCCGCUACUAGAAUUUCAUUUCAAAGGAACUGGUGAAUCACAUGGUAAAUUAUCUGGUACUAGGGAACAGAAUUCGUUAGCACCGAUUUCACACAAAAAACGAAAUAAACGUUAUCAAUCAAAACAACGCUUAAUGAAAUUUAAUAAACCGUUGUAUUUAACAACUGAACAAGCGUUGUUUAAAGAUAGUGGUCAAGUAUCAAAUCUACAUAGUCUAUCAUAUAGACAGAAUAGUUAUCAUUAUUACCCGAGGCAUCAUAAAAGGCAUAAACGUUCUGAAAAAGAAAUUUAA